UGUUGCUUGUGUCAUAUGAAAUCUGUGCUACAAAGUAACGGAGAGAAAUCAAGCACACCCAGUUGUUUUCCUCUGAAAGUGUCUAUAGCUAGCUAGCUAAUACGACAAUAAUUAAGUAAACCGUUGAACAGCACUUCGUGUUCUCCACUUGACAUUUUGUUUUUCUCUUUUUCAUGUUGCUUACUGCCCUGGCUGCGUGACUGGUAGCUUGCGCCGGGAGAGUCGUCGUGAUGAUGAUGAGAUCACCAACAGAAAGUGCCUUUCAGAAAACCUCUCCAACUUGAACUUGGUCUCUGGUCCAUAUGUGAAUGGACAGCCAACACUCCCUUUAAGGCCAGGCCUGAGCAGUGACUGGGGAUACCUCAGCUGUGAAUAUUCAGCAGCCUCCAAUUCAUUUCUGAAAAACUCCAAGAGGAAAAUAUUUACUGUGGAGGGGAGAACUGACAAGCUACAAAGAGCUGACAAAUUGGGAGAAGUUAAUACCAAGCAAAUCUUCGUUAAUAUUCUGUCAAGGAGGUCCUUUGCAUUGAAAUACUUUUAAUGAGUGUGUCCUAGUCCGUGGAGGAGAGGCACUUGGUGUGUUACACAGCAAUCCCCUGCACCCUUCCAGAGGUCUACCUUUGGUGCAAGCUGAUUGAUGACUUGAUCUCCAGUCCUGACUGAUGCUGUGAAGGCCUGUCUGGUUGCUUCAUAUAAUUUCAGAUUUAAACACAAAUCAAACAGAAUCUGAAGUUGUAAACUUUUAUUACCUGUGGCCAUUUUAUAGAUACAUUCAGCCAAUAUAUUGAAAUUGCAAAGUUCGAUUUGAACCUUUUGACAUGGCUCUGAAUAUAUCUUCGAUAAGAGACACAAAAUGGCUGACUUUGGAAGUGUGUCGUCAGUUUCAGAGAGGAACAUGCUCACGGAGUGAUGAGGAAUGCAAAUUUGCACACCCACCAAAGAGCUGCCAGGUUGAAAAUGGAAGAGUUAUUGCCUGCUUCGACUCACUAAAGGGUCGAUGUUCUAGAGAAAAUUGUAAGUACCUUCAUCCACCUUCACAUCUAAAAACCCAGCUAGAGAUUAACGGACGCAACAACCUCAUCCAGCAGAAGACGGCGGCAGCCAUGCUCGCCCAGCAGAUGCAGUUCAUGAUCCCAGGCACCAGCAUGCAGCCUGUAGUAAGUUGCUCAUAUUCAGUACCCACGUUCAGUGUAACCCAGGGGCUUGGUACGAGCCCUGGUCUCAGCUACUCUCCUUACCUUACACCGAUGACAUCCAUGAGCCACGGGAUGACCCUGAUGCCCACAGAGAUGCUCCCCAGCACCCCAGUCAUGGUCCCUGGAAGUCCCCCAGUGACAGUCCAGAGCUCCAACUCCUCCUCACCCUCACAGAAGCUGCUGCGCACCGAUAAACUGGAGGUGUGCCGCGAGUUCCAGCGGGGAAACUGUGCGCGAGGCGAGACGGACUGCCGCUUCGCCCACCCCAGCGAUAGCCCAAUGAUCGACACCAGCGACAACACGGUCACCGUCUGCAUGGACUACAUCAAGUCGCGCUGCUCUAGGGAGAAGUGCAAGUACUUCCACCCCCCUGCGCACUUACAGGCCAAAAUCAAAGCCUCUCAACACCAGGUCAACCACACGGCCGUGGUCGCCCAGGCAGCUGCCGCAGCCAUGACUCAGUCGACUGCCAAAGCAAUGAAGCGACCCCUCGAGGCAACUGUAGACCUGGCAUUCCCCCAUGGCUGCCUGCAGCCUCUACCAAAGAGACAAGCACUGGAGAAGAGCAAUGGGGCCAGCUCCCUCUUCAACCCCAGUAUGUUGCACUACCAGCAGGCUCUGGCCAACGCACAGCUCCAGCAGACCGCUGCUUUCUACCCCACAGGCAGAUAUAUCAGUGCUUCCAGAUUACAUCAUCCAGGGUCAGUGUUUUGCAUGUCUCCUGCUUCCAGCAUUGAUAAUCCUCAAGUAACCAACAGGAAAGGAACAGAGUGUCAUGACGCUGCCCUUAUAGGCCCUGAACAGUCCCUCUGUAAAUACUACAUUUGCUCCACACAUGAACUACAGCAACCUGCAUGCUGAGAAGAUUAUUACUGAGGAAAUGUAUAACAUUGAGCUAUAAAAUAUACAAAUGAUAUACCUGUAUUGCUAGGACUAAUACCAUUACUGAUAUGUGAAUGACACAAAUGUAUUAUAUGUACACACACAGGAGUGGGGAAGAUUUAAUUGUAAAGGUAUUCAACGAUUACUAUUAUUUCCUUAUUAAUGUUUUGUUAGGACUGCACAACACUCAACCAAUUCAAACUUAAUUUUUUACAGAAAUGAUUGUGCAUCGAAGUGCUUGAUUGCUUUUAUUUGAAACACAGACCAUUGAAAAACACUUGUGUGUACCCCUUAUACGAAUUGCACUUGUCUUUUGGGUCAGGCUUGGAAGAGUGCCCUUCUACGCUCUUGCAAAGGAAGAAUGUGAUAGACAAUAGCCUAUUGGUGUACCUGGUGAUUAUUCUGUUUUAGUACAUGACCACUGCUCCCCCUCCUGGUAUGCCUUGGCCUCUCUAAACAUUAAGUGUUUUAGAACAGAACCCCCUGAUUAUAGCUGACCAUACAUGUCUCUGCCUUACUGCAGCCAAAUUGCAGUGAUGUAAUCAGCCACUCAAUUCCAGAAUUUAUAACAAAUUACAGUACCACUAGCUCCAAGGUUCUGUUUGUGCUGCACUGUUGUCUGUUGUCUUUUUAGUUGGGCCUUGGGUGUUUUGCCAUCCAUCAAAGAAACACCAUGAGCCAAUGACAGCAGAUAAUUGGUGGGCUGGAAAUAAGACACCUUAAAGGAGUUGAAAGGCUGAGUUAAGUGUCUGGUGAGCUAUCUCAAGCAUGUGAAGGGUGGGGUGGUUAUAGUCAUGAUCAUAGUGUAGGGACCACAGACAUUAAAGGAGGCGCGGGAGUAACACUUCAAAGGAAAGGAACAUUUUGUGAUCCUUAAAAAGCCUGAGUUACACAUGCAAGUAAAUCUUGCAGUGGCGUGAGGUCACUUGUAAAUCCUGUCUUAUUUAAACUGCAGAAGUGCCUAAAGUGAUGUGUAUAUAACGAGUAUCUUGAA